UGAAGAUUGUAAAAAUAAAGUUCGAUACAAUUGAACCAUUUUAAAUACUGCACGUGUUGAUUUCGCAUUUAAAGUUUUAGCGUAAAUCAAGAAGAAACUCAAUAAGUUUACUAAAAAUAAAUUAAUUAAAAAUGCCACGUUCAAAGAGAGAUAAGAAAAUUUCGUUGACCAAGACUGAUCGAAAGGGGCUACAAUGGAAACAAAAAAUUAUUGAAGAUAUACGCCACUGUGUUGAGAAAUACCCAAAUAUCUUCGUUUUUCAAGUUCAAAAUAUGCGCAACAAUCUUUUGAAAGAUCUGCGCCAAGAAUGGAAAUCAAACUCACGAUUCUUCUUUGGCAAAAAUCGCAUAAUGCAAAUUGGUUUAGGACGCACCAAAGCCGAACAAAUAGAGGUCGACCUCUACAAGCUUUCGAAACGAUUGACAGGACAAGUUGGUCUACUAUUCACAGAAAAAUCAAAGAAAGAUGUGCUAGAGUGGGCUGACAAGUACUGGACCGUGGAAUAUGCUCGUAGUGGUUUUAAAGCAACAGAAACUGUUGUGUUACCGGCUGGGCCACUCGAGGAAUUCGCACAUUCCAUCGAACCGCAUUUACGAUCACUUGGAAUGCCAACAAAGCUUCAAAAGGGUGUUGUAACGUUGUAUAAUGAUUACACCGUGUGCGAAGAGGGAAAAGUGUUGACACCGGAGCAAGCGAGAAUAUUGAAGCUAGUUGCGAAGCCAAUGGCCAAAUUUCAGUUAACAAUGAAAUGUUCUUGGACAAAGGAGGGUGGUUUUGAAUUGCAUGUAGAGGAUGAUAUUAAUGACGAUGAGGAUAAAACCGACAGUGGUCAAGGGGAUGAAGUAGAGGACGAAGAAAUGGAGCAAGAUGAGUCGAACAAUGAAGAUGAUGAUGAUGAUGAAGAAUAGUUUAAUUGUAAAUAUAGAUUUAAGUUUUUAGCUAUUAAUAUAUAAGAUAUAUUAACUGAAUAUAAA